AUGGCCGCGCCCGGCCCCAGUCCCCAGCAGAUGGCGGCCAUGCAGCAGCAGUUCGCCGCCGAAGCCGCCAAACGAGGGAUGACGCCCGAACAGUUCGCCCAGAAGCAGCGCGAACAGCUCACUGCCGACGCCGAGAAGCUCGGCCUGACCACUGAGCAAUAUGUCGCACAGUUGCGGAUGCGAGCAAUGCAGCAACAUCAGGCGCAGCAGCAAGCGCAGGCCCAGCAAGCUCAGCAACAGGGUGGACAACCCGGACAACAACAGCAACAGGGCCAGACACAAGCUCCCCAGCAACACCAACACACGACACAACAACAGGUUCCCGUAAACCCGAACAACCCUCCCGACCCAAAGGCGAUUGCAGUCGCCAACUGGCUGCGGUCGCAGAACCUCAAGCCGCGUACAUGUAUCAUGGACGGCCAGCGGAAGGACAUGUUCAAGGUCAAGCGAGCAAUCCGUGCCAUUGAGUCUCCCGCAUACGCCAAAGCUGCCGCAAAGAAAAACUCCCUCCUACCUCCCGUGACAGACCGCGCCUCAGCAGAGAAUGUAUUCAAGCUCCUUCCACUGUCCUUGCUAGCUCUGCGAGUAAGCAAGGUCGACCCGCAUGCUGGCCACAACCACGCCAAACCUAAGAACCGCACCAAGGGCCUGUGGACCGUCAAGAUCGAGCAGCACCAGGAAACCGACCCUAUGAUGCACUACGUCUGGCUGUACGACGGCCCGCAAUGGAAGCAGAAGGCCAUGGCCGCCGCCGUUGUUGCUGGUAUCUUCGCUGUUGUCCUCUUCCCACUCUGGCCCAUCAUGCUGCGCCAGGGUGUGUGGUACUUGAGUGUUGGCAUGAUGGGACUGCUCGGUCUCUUCUUCGCCAUGUCAAUCUUCCGUCUGAUUCUGUUCUGCAUUACCGUGUUCGCUGCUCCCCCCGGUCUCUGGCUAUUCCCCAACCUUUUCGAGGAUGUUGGAUUCUUUGAUAGCUUCAAGCCUCUAUGGGGCUGGCAAGAGACGAAGGAGAGCAAAAAAGCAGCCAAAAAGUCCAAGAAGACGGCCGCUCCCGCAGUCACCGAAGCCGCAGCACCCUCAGCAACGACUACCUCCGCAACCACCACCUCUGCCGAGCCAACCUCAACUCCCACUUCCGCAGUGAGACGAGAUCUGAGUGCGCGGGUGGAGGAAGAGGCGGAGUAG